CUCCUCUCAGCAAAAAACAGUAGAUUAAUCGAAUUUCUUCUCCUUCCGCAAAUUCCAUUUGUCUUCAGAGAAAAAUAUCAGUUCCUCAGGAAAAAAAAAACUCAACCCCCUUCCCCAGAAGUCACCGAACCCAAGCCAAGUCUCCUUCCCAUCAAUCAAGCUGAGAUCAAUCAAACUAGAACAAUCCGGACCUUCCCCCAAAAUCAACGCAGAUCAGUUUCUUAAAAUUAAAAAAAAAAAAAAAAAAAAUCAACCCAAUUCCAUCGUCCUUCACAGACACGCCUCUGAUGGUUGAGAGAGACAAGCAAAUCAAGGCAGAUCAGUUUCUUAAAAUAAAAGAUAAUCAACCCAAUUCCAUCGUCCUUCACAGACACGUCUCUGAUGGUUGAGAGAGACACAGCACGUGGAGAGAUGGGUCAGAAUUCAUUGGUGUACAAAGUAAGAUAUUUUCCAGAUUGUGAUUUUCUACAUGCAUACUUAGGGCUGGCUUUUUCUGUGCCACUUUAUGUGGCACUAGAAGGACUCAAAUAAAAACUACACUACCAAACAGCCCUAAAUUGACAGAGAUCCGAAAUCUCGUACCAAUCAAUCGUUGUCUUUCUCAUUCUGAAAGUUUUGAUUGGACCAUUUGAACAACAUCUCUCCGUCUCGGACGGACUCAAGGUCUCACACUCAAACCGCGUUGUUUACCCGCAAAAGCAAAUACUCUGUCUCUCUCUCUCUCUCUCUCACUCCAAAUCCCAUCUAUAAAAGUAAGCUCUCUCUAUUUACAAAAACCACUUGUAAACGAUUUUUCUCUGUUGAAUUUGAUAUUAUCUAGGUGUCAUGGAUACCCCAUUACCCUUCUCUAAAUUAUCCUUUGGAUUGAUUGAUCAUGAAGAUUCGCCUGGAACCACACCCAAGGAGAAGGUGUAUGUGGUUUUAGUAGCGAAUGGAAGCUUCAAUCCGCCGACUUAUAUGCAUUUACGCAUGUUUGAGCUGGCAAGAGAUGCGCUGAAUGCAGAAGGCUAUUGUGUUAUUGGAGGUUAUAUGUCACCCGUUAAUGAUGCAUACAAGAAAAGGGACCUUUUAUCUGCCGAACAUCGUCUACAGUUGUGUCAUCUGGCAAGCAAAAGUUCUGAAUUUGUAAUGGUUGACCCAUGGGAGGCAAGACAAAGUACCUUCCAACGCUCUUUAACUGUUUUAUCCAGAGUUAAGAGUAUUUUAUGCGAGAGUGGGCAGGUACCCAGAGAAUCCCUUAAGGUUAUGCUUGUCUGCGGUUCUGAUCUGCUCCAAUCUUUUGGCAUUCCUGGAGCCUGGAUUCCAGACCAAGUCAGGACCAUAUGCAGAGAUUAUGGUGUGGUUUGCAUUCGCAGAGAAGGACAAGAUGUUGAGAAAAUUAUCUCUGAUGAUGAAAUUUUGAAUGAAUUCAGGGAUAACAUUAAAGUUGUGGAUGAGCUUAUACCAAACCAAAUCAGAUCAACAAGAGUAAGGGACUGCAUUUCAAGAGGGUCGUCGAUAAAAUAUCUGACCGCAGAUGAAGUGAUUGAUUAUAUAAGAGAAUAGCAUUUGUACCGGAACUCAGAUGAUAAGUGAUGAUCUCUUCAGCAUCAUUUAUACUGUACAUAAUUGAUCAUCAUCUGUAAUAACCAUAGCAUAGGUUAUAUAGUGCCAUGUGCCUAAUUUAUUUUAAUUAAUACUAGAUAAAUAACAGUGGCGACUCCAGGAAUUUUUUGCAAGGUGUUCCUUAAUGAAGCAUAAUUUUUUCUA